CCUGCUUCCGGCGCCGGGGAGAGACUCCCCAGACCCUGGCGCUCCGCGAUGAUGUCAGCUCCGGUUGCCGUGCUGAGUCGGAAGUGGGAAGCUUCUGACCACUGAGGCUGUGUCGUGUCGUCGCUGCUGGCCUCUCAGGCUCUGCCCCUCCCCUAGGGCUGGAUGGAGGAUACCUUAAAGUGAAAUGACAGACCAGGAGAAUAAUAACAACAUCUCAAGUAACCCCUUUGCUGCUCUUUUUGGCUCCCUGGCUGAUGCCAAGCAGUUUGCAGCAAUCCAAAAAGAGCAGCUGAAGCAGCAAUCUGAUGAACUCCCAGCAAGCCCAGAUGACUCGGAUAAUAGUGUGUCAGAGAGCCUGGAUGAAUUUGAUUACUCUGUGUCUGAGAUCAGCCGCUCAUUCCGGUCACAGCAGGAAAUAUGUGAACAACUCAACAUCAAUCACAUGAUCCAAAGGAUCUUCCUCAUUACUCUGGACAACAGUGAUCCAAGCUUGAAAAGUGGGAAUGGUAUCCCCAGUCGCUGUGUGUAUUUGGAAGAAAUGGCAGUAGAACUGGAAGAUCAAGACUGGCUUGACAUGAGCAACAUUGAGCAGGCUAUCUUUGCACGAUUGUUACUUCAAGAUCCAGGAAACCACUUAAUCAACAUGACUUCUUCUACAACAUCAAAUCUCUCUGCUGAUCGAGAUGCAGGGGAGAGGCACAUUUUUUGUUACCUUUACUCCUGCUUCCAGAGAGCUAAGGAAGAGAUUACCAAAGUUCCAGAGAAUCUGCUACCCUUUGCAGUACAAUGCAGGAACCUCACUGUGUCUAACACUCGAACAGUUCUCCUCACCCCUGAGAUCUAUGUUGAUCAAAACAUCCAUGAGCAACUGGUAGAUUUGAUGUUGGAAGCCAUCCAAGGAGCCCAUUUUGAAGAUGUAACUGAGUUUUUAGAAGAGGUUAUUCAAGCCUUGCUAUUGGAUGAGGAAGUUCGAACAUUUCCUGAAGUCAUGAUCCCAGUGUUUGAUAUUUUAUUAGGCCGAGUAAAAGAUCUGGAGCUCUGCCAGAUCCUACUGUAUGCAUAUCUGGAUAUUCUUCUCUAUUUCACUAGGCAAAAGGAUAUGGCAAAGGUUUUUGUUGAAUACAUUCAGCCUAAGGACCCUAGUAAUGGGCAGAUGUAUCAGAAGACCUUGCUGGGAGUCAUUCUGAAUAUCUCCUGUUUGUUAAAGACUCCGGGUGUGAUAGAAAACCAUGGCUACUUCCUGAAUCCAUCUCGAUCCAGUCCUCAAGAGAUCAAAGUACAGGAGGCCAACAUCCAUCAGUUCAUGGCUCAGUUCCAUGAAAAGAUCUACCAGAUGCUGAAGAACUUACUCCAGCUCUCUCCAGAAACCAAACACUGUAUCUUGUCCUGGCUUGGAAACUGUUUGCAUGCAAAUGCAGGCCGCACCAAGAUUUGGGCCAAUCAGAUGCCGGAAAUCUUCUUCCAAAUGUAUGCCUCGGAUGCCUUCUUUCUGAAUCUGGGCGCUGCUCUCCUGAAGCUCUGCCAGCCAUUUUGCAAACCCAGAUCCUCUCGACUCCUCACCUUUAAUCCCACUUACUGUGCCCUGAAGGAGUUGAAUGAUGAAGAACGAAAAUUUAAAAAUGUACACAUGAAAGGUUUGGACAGAGAAACUUGUUUGAUCCCAUCUGUACAAGAACCAGUAUUUCCCCAGAGCUACAACCUUGUAACAGAGAACCUUGCCCUCACAGAGUAUACCUUGUACUUGGGAUUUCACAGAUUGCAUGAUCAGAUGAUAAAAAUCAACCAAAAUCUGCAUCGGCUGCAAAUUGCAUGGCGGGAUGCUCAGCAGAGUUCUAGCCCUGCUGCCGACAAUCUCCGUGAGCAGUUUGAACGACUGAUGACCAUCUAUCUUUCUACCAAGACUGCCAUGACUGAGCCACAGAUGCUGCAAAACUGCCUGAAUUUGCAGGUGUCCAUGGCUGUUCUGCUGGUUCAGCUGGCCAUAGGCAAUGAGGGCUCACAGCCAAUAGAGCUAACUUUUCCUUUGCCAGAUGGCUAUAGCUCUUUGGCUUAUGUGCCAGAAUUUUUUGCAGAUAACCUGGGUGAUUUCCUCAUCUUUCUCCGACGUUUUGCUGAUGACGUCUUGGAGACAUCAGCAGAUUCCCUGGAGCAUGUCCUUCACUUCAUCACCAUUUUCACUGGAAGCAUAGAAAGAAUGAAGAAUCCCCACCUAAGGGCCAAACUAGCCGAGGUACUGGAAGCAGUGAUGCCUCACCUGGAUCAGACCCCAAAUCCCUUGAUGUCUAGUGUGUUCCACCGAAAACGGGUGUUCUGCAACUUUCAGUAUGCACCUCAACUUUCAGAAGCCCUAAUCAAGGUUUUUGUGGACAUUGAAUUUACAGGAGACCCCCAUCAAUUUGAACAGAAGUUUAAUUACCGCCGCCCCAUGUAUCCCAUCCUAAGAUACAUGUGGGGGACAGAUACCUAUCGGGAGAGCAUUAAGGAUUUGGCUGACUAUGCCUCUAAGAAUUUAGAAGCCAUGAAUCCCCCACUUUUCCUCCGUUUUCUUAACCUGCUAAUGAAUGAUGCGAUCUUUCUUUUGGAUGAAGCUAUACAGUAUUUGAGCAAGAUAAAGAUUCAGCAGAUUGAGAAGGAUAGAGGCGAAUGGGAUAGUCUGACUCCAGAAGCCCGCCGAGAAAAAGAGGCUGGCCUACAGAUGUUUGGGCAGCUGGCACGUUUCCAUAACAUCAUGUCCAAUGAAACAAUUGGUACUCUGUCCUUCCUGACAUCAGAGAUCAAAUCGCUGUUCGUGCACCCCUUCCUGGCAGAGCGCAUCAUCUCCAUGCUAAACUACUUCCUGCAGCACCUGGUUGGCCCCAAGAUGGGUGCCCUAAAAGUCAAGGACUUCAGCGAAUUUGACUUCAAACCCCAGCAGCUUGUAUCAGAUAUCUGCACCAUCUACUUGAAUCUUGGGGAUGAAGAGAAUUUCUGUGCCACUGUGCCCAAGGAUGGGCGUUCCUAUUCCCCUACUCUGUUUGCACAGACAGUCCGAGUCCUGAAGAAAAUUAAUAAGCCUGGGAAUAUGAUUGUUGCUUUCAGCAACUUAGCAGAGAGAAUCAAGUCUCUUGCAGACCUCCAACAACAGGAAGAGGAGACUUAUGCAGAUGCCUGUGACGAGUUCUUGGAUCCCAUCAUGAGCACACUGAUGUCUGACCCCGUGGUGCUUCCAUCUUCCAGAGUCACUGUGGAUAGGUCCACCAUUGCCAGACAUCUACUCAGUGACCAAACAGAUCCUUUUAACCGUAGUCCCCUUACCAUGGACCAGAUCCGGCCAAACACUGAACUGAAAGAAAAAAUCCAGCGAUGGCUCGCAGAGAGGAAACAGCAAAAGGAGUAACAUGAAUAAAUACUGUGAACUAAACAACCAAAAACCAACCCGAGUGGAAGCAGUUGUUUGUGGUUUCUUUCUUUCUUGUUCUGUACCUUUCUUUUCCUUUUUUUGUCUUAUUUGGUUUAUUGACUAUUUGUUUAUUUUUGUUUGUUUCCUUUACUAAAUUAGAAAACUGUCAUUUAAAUUAUGAUAAUUACGAUUCUUAAGAACUUGUCAUUGUUUCCCUAGCUUGCAGGAAACUGUACUUCUUACAGCAUUGUUAACUUUAGAAAUCACUAAUUUUUCAGACUUUAUUUCUCCAUUCCUUCCUUUUCCUUUUUUACCCUAAAUUAUAUUAGUAGUAGUCAUCUGCCACUUUAUUCUUUCUCUUCCCAAGUUCAGACAUUUUUUUUUAGUGAGCACUACUUUUAAGUCUACAAUGUCAGAUACUUAAGUGACAGCUGGUAUCAUCAAAAAAAUCCUGUUAGCCUGUGUAUCUUCUAGCUCUUAAGAUCUAGAUUUAAGCCUUAUCCUUAUUAUAGCUCUGUAGUAUUACAGAAUAACUUUGCAGAUAAAGGCAAAUAUCUUAAUGUUUGUGUCGAUUUUUGAAUGAUAGGUAAGAUUAGGGGGAUGAAAAAGAAAUCUUAUGCAACGUCUAUCAGUAGUAGCUCUUAAUUUUGUAUUAUCUUAUAACUUAAAGAUACCACAAACUCCUAUGAGGUUGUCACCACCAAAAAUUUAGCUGCAUGAUCUUUUUAUGAGGAUUCAUAAUGGGGGCAAACUUCCAAUUAAGGAAUGAACAGGAAACUGUUGAGCCCUGUCCUCUUGUAAAAAUCUGUUACUCUGAAGACUAGGCCUGGGUAGACUAGUUAGACAAUGAAUACUACACACAUGAAGAUGUCAUUUUAAGACACUAAUAACAGUAUAUCUCAGUGUGUGUAUAUACACACAGAUACCAUGAACUUUUCUAUAUUGGUCUUAUAUAAACUGAGUACUUUAUAUUGUGUCCUCCACAGUAAGAUGUAUGCAGUGUGUGGCCAUAUUUUCUUGCAUAUUCAUUCUAGACAGGUAAAAGAGACUGUAAAAUUGUAUAUAGCUAAUGUUUGGACUGUGACCUGACUUCUAAGAGCUGCUUCUGGUAUAGCCUCAAUUUAUCAAUUAACUAAGUAGGAAUUGAGCAAAACUGUGUCCACAAGUUAUUCUAAAUGUCCACUUAGCCCUGGGUAGUUACUAAGUGGUUUGACCCCACUUCUCCAAGUUGAUCCCAAGUUUCCUACUCAGUUGUGCAGCUUAGCAGCUAUGUGAGGCUCAUUUUAUGGGACAGCUUUAUGUCCAUACCCAUUUCAGCCCAGAGCUGUAAGGAACAAGAAAAGUGAUAUUAACCACUGCCUCUUUCAUAUAGAUAGCGGUGUUACAGUAUCCCAAAGCAAGUUGCUAUAAUCAAUCCUUACUGGGUUUUUUGAUGGUAUCAGGAAAACCUCAAAUCAGACAGGGCCCCUCACCUUGAUAUUAAAUCAUUGUUGCUCUGCCUGUCUAUGAAAGGGGAAGCCUAGGACACUUUUGCAAAUGCCAGGAUGUAAGACAGUGUGCUCCUUGGGCCCUUAGGGUAUGGGUUGACAGGAUUUUUUUUAAGUGAACUUCAUGUUUAUCAUUCUUCCUCUCUCUGGGAAUGAACUGUAUAUGAAAUAAACUUCUACCUACCUGUAUUUGUUUUUCCAAAGCUAAUGUGGUGAGAUGUUUAUUUUCAUUUGAAAAAGGAGAGAUCAGAGUUUUGCAGGAGAAAAUUGCAGGAAAUGGGCACAAAACCUCAGAAGACAGCUGUACCCAGCAGCUUUCUAGCUAACAACCUCUGUGCUGCCUCUAGUGUCUAUCUGCAUUCUACUUCUGAACUGAACCUUCAGAUUGUGAGCCUUUUCUGGCAAGUUCUUUUUUUUCUUUUUUCUUUUUUUUUUUUUUAAGCUAUUUUCAUGAGACUUUUUUUAUGAAUGGCUGUGGCACCAUUAAUGCUGCUGAAUAUCUUUUAUCACAAAAGCAAGUGUGUAGCUUAAGGCCACUGGUAAGGAAACCAAGUAUCCUCUGUGCCUUCUUUCUUUUUGUGAACUAAUUUAAGGAUACAGAAAAAAGAAACUAAAAACUUACCAUCUUGGUGAAACAUGAUGGUAGAUGGGUUUGGAAGGGUAGAGAGGUGUUUUGUCUGAAAUUCUGUAGCAGCUGUAAGUCUUCCUGACAUACCUAGUUUUACAUAAUGGCUUUACUGGAAUAUGGAAGGAAAAUGCAGACCAGGCAGCCUUGGUAUUGAUCAUAAUAUACCAAGAGGCUAAUACUAAGCUUGGGAAAUUACUUAGGUUUUAUCAAGCCAUUUUUUUUGUUGUUGUUUUUUUAAGUAUAGCUUUCAGUGGAUGUGUGAAAACUGCAAGAAACUUGAGAAGUAGUCUAAAGGUGCAGGUGAAGGUACCAGUUGCUGUUGGGUACACGGUACAAAGGCUUCAUUACUUUGAUUCUGGUUGCUAAGCAGCCAUUAGGCAAAGCCUAAGCCUACUGGGUACCUUUACAAGCCAGAGGCUGAUGCUACACCAAUGUCAUGUGAGGAAAUAGUUCACGUGUUCUAACUGCUAUACAGGAAAAGAACCUAGAGACAAAGGAAGUGAAAAACAAAAAAAGUUGACUGAAAUCAACCUUGAUCAACGUAACUGUAUUUUGAAACAUUCCAGGAAGGAACUUCUUGUCAAACUUGCCUGGGGGUGUUUGUUCAAAACUUGUAUUUAAUAAAUGAGCACUUGACUUAC